GUUUCGUGUAGUCGUAGUGAUCGUUUAAAAAAAUCAAUUCCUAAAUGUGGAGAAUAAGUCAGAAACUUGUUAAUCGUGGAGGUCUAGCCGUAAAAUCGGCUCCUCUGGCAGUAACAACGCGUUAUAACUCCUCUGCAUCAGCGCCACAAAUACCCAAUUCAGCAGAUGUGGUGGUUAUUGGAGGUGGCUCUGCCGGUUGUCACACCCUCUACCAUUUGGCUAAGCGAGGUAUCAAGGCCGUGCUAUUGGAACGUGCUAAAUUGACGGCCGGCACCACUUGGCAUACAGCCGGCUUGGUAUGGCGCCUCCGUCCCAAUGAUGUUGAUAUUCAAUUGUUGGCGAAUUCGCGCAAUAUGCUGAUGCAAUUGGAGAAGGAAACUGGACUGGAUCCCGGCUGGAUACAAAAUGGUGGCGUAUUUAUAGCUCAUUCUGAUACACGUUUAGAUGAAUACAGACGUUUGGCCACUGUGGGCAAUGCCUUAGGUAUUGAGAACCACAUUCUAUCGCCCGAGGAAACCCAAAAAGUCUUUCCCCUCUUGGAUCCCAAAGCUUUUAUAGGAGCCCUCUACUCACCCGGCGAUGGUGUAGUGGACCCCGCCAUGUUGUGUACCGCCUUGACCAGAGCGGCAACUAAAAAUGGCGCCCGAGUUAUUGAGAAUUGCCCUGUGAAUGAACUUGUAGUGGAGCAACAGGCCAGAGGUAAAAAGUUGGUGGGUGUAAAAACUCCCUAUGGCACAAUUAAGACUGAAAAUGUUGUAAAUGCCACCGGUGUUUGGGGUAGGGAUUUGAUAGAAAGACAUGGCUCUUUUUUGCCUCUGAUCCCCAUGAAACAUGCCUACAUUGUAUCGGAAUCCAUACCCGGUGUACGAGGAUUGCCCAACAUACGAGAUCAUGAUUAUUCCACCUACUUUAGAAUACAGGGUGAUGCCAUCUGCAUGGGUGGUUAUGAGCCCAACCCCAUACUUUUGGAUCCCGUGGCCAAGGAUUUCCAUUUCGGUUUGUAUGACUUGGAUUGGUCUGUAUUCGAUACGCAUUUAAGUGGGGCCGUCAAGCUAUGUCCCACCUAUGCCAAUUACGGUGUUAAGAGUACUGUGUGUGGCCCCGAAUCCUUUACGCCCGAUCACAAACCCCUUAUGGGUCCUGAUACCGUGAUUCAGGGUCUAGUCCAUAACUGUGGCUUCAACUCGGCUGGCAUGAUGUUCGGUGGUGGUUGUGGCGAACAAACCGCUCUAUGGAUACUCAAUGGAAAACCCGAUUUGCCCAUGUUCGGUUUUGAUUUGCGCCGUUUUACGGACAAACAAAAUCGGGCCGACCAAUGGAUCAGCGAAAAAUCCCAUGAAAGUUAUGCCAAGAACUACAGCAUGGUCUUUAAGUAUGAUCAGCCUUUGGCGGGGCGUGAUUUCCAAAAAGACCCCUUGCACGAAGAUAUGUUGGCCCAUAAUGCCUUUAUGGAGGAGAAACAGGGCUGGGAACGUCCAGGAUUCUUUUUGCAAAUGCCCGCCCCUGUACAGAGCUACGAUUGGUAUGGUAGCUAUGGCAAUGAGCGUCACAAGGAUUGUCCUUAUGAAGGUGUGCUGGAGGGUGACCUCAAAUAUGGCAGUUUCUCGGAUCACCAUGAUUUGAUUGGUUCAGAAGCAAUGGCCUGUCGCAAUAAUGCCGUUGUCUUCAAUAUGAGCUACUUCUGUAAAUUAUUUUUGGAAGGACCUGAUGCCCAGAAAGCAGCCGACUGGAUUUUCACCGGAAACACAAAUCGUGAUGCAAAAAAAACUGUCUACACUUGUGCCCUUAACAAAGAUGGUGGGGUUGAAGCUGAUGUCACUAUAUCCCGUCUAAAUUCCGGCUCUGGGGCGGUGCAUGAUCCCAAAUUCGAAGGUCAAGGCCAUUACAUAGUCGCCGGUGGUGCUUCGGCCUACUACACCUACACCAUGAUGGUGGAUGAGAUACGCCGCCAGGGAUUCAAUGCCAAUGUUCGAGAUGUUACCGCCGAUUUGGGUGUAAUCUCUAUACAGGGUCCCAAGUCCAGGGAGAUUCUUCAACGCAUGGUACAAUGCGAAUUGAGUGAUGAAAACAUUCCUCCCAACAGUACAGUUCUGACCAAUUGCAAAGACGCCUCUGGCAAAGAAUAUGGUGUGCGACUAUUGCGUGUGAGUUUUGUGGGAGAAUUGGGCUAUGAAUUGCAUGUGCCCAAAGAGUAUUGCUCCACAGUUUACAAAUCCCUGAUGAAGGCGGGAGAGAAAAAUAAUUUGCGCAAUGCUGGCUAUAGGGCAUUGUACUCGCUGAGUAGUGAGAAAGGCUAUCAUUUAUGGAGUUUCGAUUUGCGUCCCGAUGAUACUCCCCUUGAAGCUGGCCUGGGCUUCACCUGUCGCAAGGAGGGUAGUUACAAAGGCAAGGAAGCCAUUGAUAAGCAACGCAAAGAGGGUAUUAAAAAACGUUUGGUCUAUCUGACGCUGGAUGAGCAAGUGCCCAUUUGGGGCUUGGAGGGAGUCUAUCGCAAUGGAGAACCAGUGGGUUUCCUCAGAAGAGCAGAAUAUGCCUAUUAUUUGGGAAAACCUUUGGGCCAGACUUAUAUACAGAAACCAGAUGGAUCUACCAUCAAUGUGGAUUACAUCAAAUCGGGAGAAUAUGAAAUUGACAUCAUGGGAAAACGCUAUAAGGCCCAAUGCCAUUUGAGAAGUCCCUUCGAUGUGGAGGGAAAAAGGGUUUUGGGUCAAUACUAGGAGGACAACAAUGGAAUGGAAAUGAAAAUAAGACAGAUUUUUUGUAAUUGUAAUAAAAAACUAAUUUUAACUUUUAUUAAAUAUAAA